AUGACACGCACGUUCCCAUCGAUUGCAAAUUUGAGCAACGAGGCGCUCUGUGAUCUCUUUGAGUUUCCACAAAAGGAGGCGGCAGCCAAGCUCAACUCAAAGUGGCCGUACCGGCAGCUGGCCGCGAUCACACAAAAGAUCACGCGCCUGAGGGCGAUUCUCGACAAGAACCCGGGCAGCUCGAUGCCUCUCAUCCAGGCGCUGAUCGAGCAGCACCAAGCCGAGUCGUGGUAG